CAUACACUGAUACACAGCAUCGCUGGCCACCAUCAGCUCUGUCGGCUGCCUCUCUGCUGUGUAAAAGGCGGCUCUCCAUCCUCUUUGCUGCGGCUGCACCUGACAUCCCGGCCGCAGACUGUCUGUCUCAGCGGCGCCAUUGGGAUUUUCCCUCAUUUUUUUGAGAAUUAACAACGAUAUGGAAAUGAUGGGUAACAAACAACGACGAGGCGUGCAUUUCAAAGGCUUGCUGAAGAGGAACUGGCUUCUGAUCGCCACGAUUUUCUCCGUGGUGCUCGGGAUCAGUCUGGGCAUCGUGGUCCGAGAGUAUGCGUCCCUCUCAAAUCUCCACAAGCAGUAUUUCGGCUUCCCAGGAGAAAUCCUCAUGCGAAUGCUGAAGCUUGUCAUCCUCCCACUCAUCAUUUCCAGCAUGAUAACAGGUGUUGCAGCCCUGGAUUCUGAGGUAUCUGGGAAGAUAGGUCUGCGAGCUGUAAUCUAUUACUUCUCAACAACCAUCAUUGCAGUGGUUCUUGGGAUCAUUUUGGUGAUGACUAUCAAACCAGGAGUGUCUCAAACAGCUGAUCACAUCGACAGAGAAGGAACCACGCCCAACGUCACCACCGUGGACACACUCCUGGAUCUCAUCAGAAACAUGUUCCCCGAAAAUCUGGUGCAGGCGUGUUUUCAGCAGUACAAGACAAAGCGCAAAGAGUUGGAGCCUCUGAAAGUUUCCAUCAACACCACCACGAUUCCCCCUCUCACAACCACCUUCCCCCCUCUCACAACCACCAUCAUGUCGGUGGUAGAGAACAUAACCAAGGAAUAUAAGAUUGUCGGGACAUAUUCGGAUGGAAUCAACGUGUUGGGGCUGAUCGUGUUCUGUGUUGCUUUCGGCCUUGUCAUUGGGAAGAUGGGGGAAAAGGGUCGUAUACUCCUGGAAUUCUUCGAUGCCCUGAAUGAAGCAACCAUGAGACUGGUCCACAUCAUCAUGUGCUACAUGCCAGUAGGAAUCCUGUUCCUAAUUGCUGCUAAGAUUAUCGAGGUGGAAGACUGGGAGAUCUUCAAGAAGAUGGGUCUUUAUAUGGUGACGGUGCUGAGCGGUCUGGCUAUCCAUGCCACCAUCUGUCUGCCACUCAUCUUCUUCGUCAUUGUGAGGAAGAACCCUUAUACCUUCACAUUGGGAAUGGCCCAGGCCCUGGUGACGGCACUCAUGAUCUCCUCCAGCUCUGCCACCCUGCCCGUCACUUUCCGAUGUGCCGAGGAGAACAAUCGCAUCGACAAGCGGAUCACCCGCUUCGUCCUCCCAGUGGGUGCCACCAUUAACAUGGAUGGGACAGCACUCUAUGAGGCAGUGGCAGCCAUCUUUAUUGCGCAGUUGAAUGACUACCAUCUGGAUGUGGGCCAGAUUGUCACUAUCAGUAUAACAGCAACAGUUGCAAGUAUUGGAGCAGCAGGAGUCCCAAACGCUGGGCUUGUCACCAUGGUGAUAGUCUUAACAGCUGUUGGAUUACCUGCAAAUGAUGUCACUCUGAUAGUCGCUGUGGAUUGGCUGCUGGACCGGUUCCGUACUAUGAUCAACGUUCUUGGCGAUGCUUAUGGAGCCAGUAUCGUUCAGAAACUAUCCAAAAAUGAACUGGAUAGGAUGGAUCUGAUAUCAGAUGUAGAUGUCGCCAACCCUUUUGCUCUGGAAGCUACUUUGGAUGACGAAGAGUGUGAGAAGAAGUCCUACGUCAAUGGAGGUUUCACUGUCGACAAGACAGAUGCAAUCUCCUUCACUGAGACCUCUCAGUUUUAGCCUGUGGCUGGCUUCCCAGUAGCACAGAAAGUGCCAUGCUGCUAUGGAUGUGUACAUGUAUCAGCCCCAUGACAAGGGAGGGACCCAUCCAAGCUUAUACAUCAGCAAUAGCAGCGUCCAUUAAGCUUAUCCAAGAUGAUCACCUUCCAUGUCGGAUAUUUACAUCCACUAGAUUAAAGUGCUUCCUUCUUACUCUCAAAUUGUGCCAAUAUUAACAUGUCACUUUUCUUGUAAAGAUGCACUCAAAAGAAGAGCUGUUAAAGUGUGUGUGUGUGUGUGUGUGUGUGUGUGUGUGUGUGUGUGCGUGUGCGUGUGCGUGUGUGUGCGUGUGCGUGUGUGUGUGCGAGCAUAAGGACAUUUUUUUUCAAAGUAUAUGAAGUGUGUGUAUGUAUUUUGCCAAAACAGAAAUGUGAUACAUGUAAAAUCAAAACAUUAAUCCUUUAUUUGCUAUGAGAUACUAAUUCUUACAAAAAUGUCUGAAUGAUUUUUUUUGUGUGUGUGUUGUUGAAUGUCUGUGUCCAAUAAUGCACUGCUUGUAUAUCUAUCUGUAUAUUUAAACUGUGCCAAACAUAUAAAGAGGUUUUUCACCAAGUUGCAUGAAGCAAUAUGUUAAAGAAGUGCUAGUCGCUGGCUGGAGACUGAUUUUUUAUGGAGACUUCACAGAGAGUGGAGAUAGUCAGCAAAGGCUUAUAGAGUCAUUGAACACUGUGAAAUUUAAGGACGUCUUUUUCAGAACCAAAUCACGUAAAAUUAUUAUAAAUAGUGUGUGUUUAGGCAGCCAAUUUGUUCAGAGAAUGUCUUUGUAACACAAUUUUUGUUAUUAUACUUUCACUGUGGUGUAAGGUAAAAAAUGCUCUUAAACCAAUCGCUCAGUUAGACGAAUGUUAUAGGCCUUUAAGCUUAAACCAGACAUUAGAAACAAGAUGGGGGAACAAUUGGUCCAUAAGUCAGGUUGACAUUCUGGGCAAUAUACUGUACAUCUAUGCUUUCUUGCCAAGAGUGAAAUCAAAUGAUUAUCAUCAUGCCAUGUCUCUGCGUAAGUUUGAGCUAGGAGGACAGUCAGCAGUUUUUAAGGUACACUUAAUGCGCCGACAUGGAAAAAGUAAUAAUUCUCUUAUCUCACUCCCAGCAAGAAGUUGUUUUUUAAAAAUACUGGGGUAUUACUUUGAUUAAAGCCAUAAAAAACAGCUUUUUGCUCAUUUUCCAAGGCAACUGCUACAGUUCAACUCAAAUGCUGACCAGGAUUAAUCACAAACACAAAUUUGGAUGUCUUGUAAACAAGUGGAAAUGUAGUCCUAAUGAUUGCAAUCUGGCUAGUAGUUUUUGAAAAACUCUGGACAAAUGUGUUGGAUGGACAGAAAGACCAAGGGCCUUGCCUUUCUGAGAACACAAAUUACACAAAUAUCUGUACUUCGGUAAUGCUCUCUGGCUGCACUGUUAUUUGUGAUGCUUGUGGUUACGCUCUUUUAUUAAAUGUAUGUCCAUGUCUAUAACCAAGAGCUAUGUGUUUGACUCCAUGCUAUACUCUGAUGCCUGCACAUGCUCAUAUUGUAUCGUAUUUAAGCAUGGGAUGAGUGCUUGAGAGUUGUUUGGUAGAGCUAACUUGAACAAGACAUGGACCAACCGUGUUAUUGUUGAGGGUUUUCUGUUGUUCUAUUUAUGCCGUGUCCUAAUCAAUAUCAGUGUUUUUAAGUUAAAGUAAAAAGAGUACUUUUUCCUUGGUUUACUUUCCAUUAUGACACAUGUUAUCCAUCACAUGCUAGGUAUGCAUUUUACAACAGACUCAGCAGAUCUACAUUCAAUAUAAGACAACUUAGCUCGGUUCUUAGAUUGUGGUACAAAUGAACCCGUCAGAUUAGUUUACAGCACAAUAUCACACUGUACGAUGAGUUCCAUUUGAAAUAGGAUGUCAGAAUAUCCCUGUGGGUCAUCCCUGUCUUCCAAUGCUCCUCAUUGUAAGAGAUUGGUGGGAGCUAUCUGUACUGAAAAAGAAAGAAGGGAAAUGGACAUUUGAAUUUCAGUUUAAAUAGUAAAAGUGCAUUUGGCCUCUGUCAUGAUAUCAAGUCCUCAUAAGAGGAUAUUAAGUUGGGAUAUAUAGGACCCUGGCAACAUAGAUACGCACUCCGUGCUAGGUAAAAGUGCUCAUUUUGUGGUCUGACUUCCAAAAAAUCAUGUCAGAAAAAUCAGUGAGAUUUUCUUUAGCUGUAGUAAAGUACUGCUCCCAAAACUGCACUUUAUGUCCAUACUUAAUUGUUAGUGGCUAGAUUAGCAUAGAUAAUUAGGGACUGCAAACACUAUACUUAAAAAUGCCUUGCUAGCUAGGCUAGACAUGCUAAUUUCAUGGUACAGAAAACCACAGGAGACUUCCUCUGCUUGUAGUUGAUAACUGUUCCCAAAGCAGCAGCUAGCAUCUCAAUGCUUUGCAAUGUUAGCUGCUACUCUGCUAAUCUCUCCCAUUUGUCUUUACCAAGUAUCAUGCAGCGGGUCAGUAUUUUGAGGUUGUGCAGUGCUAAAAAAUCCUAAAUCUAUUUGCAGAAUGUUAAAAAGUCUAAUGAAGUGAUAGUGUUUUCCAAGUGCUGUUUAGUGGGAUUUCACUCUUCCACGUUACCUUAGUGGAAAACUAAGGUAACUAGCUUUCAUGUUGAUGGGUUGAUUUUUCCGAAAUCAAAAUUUUCAAAUCCAUUGCUGGAAUAAGUCUCAGUGUCUUGAUUCUACAGCAUCUAUACACUGCCAAAAGGGCCAUAUUAGAAAUAAAGCAUGGGUGAAGGUUGGUGAUUGUUUGUCAUUGUGUGUUGAUCAAAGAUGAAGCAGAUAAGCCCUCGCAUAUCAGGUUGUAUUCUACAUUUCAAAAGCACACCGUCAUCAACCAACCCCGUCUUUGUUGGAACAACUAUUUGAGUACAUACAGUGUGUGAAUCAACAUGUACUGUGUGAUGUGUAACUGCAAGCAAA